GCUUGCUCGUGAUCCUUGAAAACCCUAUGUCGUUCUGACACGGUAGUAUAGCAUGGUAGCGAUGGCCGCGGAGGCUCCCUAAUGGAAAGCAUUUUCCCUCGUCCACUUGCCUUAUCAAGCUCAUGUAUUUCCAUUUCUCAUACUCAAUUAAAACGGUUGAAAAUUUGACGGCAAGAAUAGAUUCUUGAGGACAUUUUCGUUUUUUCAGUGGCAUGGGCAUGUCUGGACUAAUUAUGGCAAUUUUGAUCUCCUGUUAUCUUGAUCAUUUUAGGAUAGAUAAUUGUGAUAUUAUCGAAUAAUUUGACACAUCUAGAACUAAAUGUUGAUGUUUGUGGUUUUUAUGGAGAAUUAGUUCUUUUCAUUUUAGGCCUUAAUACUGUGUACUUGCUUCAUUACCUAAUCUUAAUCCUAUAAGCACGUACCUUCGUGUUCAGUACAUGGAUUGGAUGACAACGACUUGAUCUGUUGAAAGAUCAUGUAUGUUAAACACUUGUAGCAUAUUGUGAUUAAUGUCCAGUUAAUUGUACAAUGAGGUCAAAGGAGAAUUUUUCUCCCUUUUAUUAUUAUAAUUGUUGACCCACGGGAAAACUUGUAUUCACAAUUUUUUGUUCUAGAUCUACCCAUCACACUGACAGUGCUUAAAAAUAUUUGGUGAUAAAGCUCUUUUAUUCUUUGUGAAACAAUUUCAUGUAGGGAGGUACUGCUAAACUGGGAACAAUUAUUUAACACUAGUAUCAAUAUCAAAGUGAUGUGCUUAGCUUCUGCAGUUUCAUAGUUAUCUAUUAAAGAAAAGGCCAAUCAUUUGGUUUGAAGAAUGAAUUCUUCUUAUGUACCGAGAGGCCAGAAAUUGAAUUAAACCAAACAUAUCAGUAAUGGGCUCAUCCUUUGUAAGGACGUGCAAAGAGAUAAAGGCAUGUUACCAGGUUUUUAAGGAGUUGGAUCUGAAUUAUCCAUAUAUAGUGAUACAAUACCAAAAUGUGGCAAUAAACAUUUGUUUUCUGUCAUCAUGCUCACUCAACAAAAUCCCUAGCAUCUGAGUUGAAGUAAGUGGGAAAUAAUUCAUUUUUUGAGUGUUUCUUUUCAUCAUUAUGUUUGUUGAUUCCAUACUUCUGAAGUUGAGCUUAGUUAGCUGCCUAUCCAUAUUUACUCUAUGAUUUUUGGAAAGUGGAUGCUUGUUGUACAUGGUCAACUUGAUUUGGGCCUUAGGUUAUAUUUCUGAGUUAUCCUUUUUUGGGGUGACAAUCAUGGAUUUUUUAAUUCACAUUACUCUCAUUGCAAUACCUUGUGUUAACUUGUAAAAUCAGCUGGUUCUUGGAACUUAAUGGGUGUAACAGCUUUUGUUCAAGGAUAAUUGCCACUCAAAUCAGGAAUCACAGAAGAGAAUGAUUAGCAAUCCACAAUCUUCAGGGGCACAGCCCCUUAGACCUCCAGUAGUGGGUUCUGCUGGUCCACCACCAAAUUUUGGUGCCUCCAUGCCUGUACAAUAUAGGACAAUGGUUCCAGCCCCUCAAUUUGUCCCAGCUGCCUCUCAGCAAUUUAGGCCUGUCCCCCAAGGAAUGCCAGCGCCAAAUAUUGCCAUGCCUACUGGCCAAACUCAAAUGCCUCAUUUUUCUCAAUCAACACAGCAAUUGCCUCCAAUAUCAGGCCAACCGGGUCAAGUGCCACCAUCAUUCCAAGCAAUUCCAAUGUCAUAUGUUCAAGCAAGUAGACCUAUCUCAUCUGGGCCGUUGCCACCUCAACAAAAUGCUCAAGUGCCAAACAAUGUGCCUAAUCUUCCAGGUGCAGCAAUGCCCCUUUCUUCAUCAUACACGUUUGCAACAUCUUAUGUUCAGGCACCAAAUACCAUAAAUGCUCCAGUUCAGUAUCAACCAGCAACACAGGUGACCCCUUCGAGGACACAAACCUGGGCAACACCUGGAACUCAGAGUGUACCUCUUGUUGCACCUUUGCAUCAGACUUCCCAACAACCUUUGGCUACCUCUGUGACUAUUCCAGCACAAACUGUACAAUCAAAUUCUACAAAACAGAGCUCUUCUGACUGGCAAGAGCACUGCUGCUGAUGGAAAAAGAUACUAUUGUAAUAAGAAGACUAGGCAAUCAGCGGAGCAUGUAACGGAGCCUGCGGCGGAGCAUGUAGCGGAGCCUGCGGCGGAGCCGACAGCGGAGCCUGCGGCAUGGCAUGGGGCUAGGAUAGGCCGAAGCAGCUCGUCGUUGAUUCCUGACACAUGGAGGGAACGGGUGGAAGCGACGGAAAAUUACUUAGUUCUAUACCGGGAUUGAUAGCAAACUUCCGAAGUGUACCAAGGGUAGAGGCGAAGGUGUUUUGUCCGAUAUAGGUGAGACAGAUGGCAUAAUGUUAUUGGAAAGAGUUUAUAUAAAUAUUAUACCGUGCUCCUUCUCCGUUUCAGUUUCGCUUCUACUCGCUCUUCACUUCCUCAGCUCUCUCAAUGUCUAAACAGCGAGCUCCCAGAUGUCUCUCUUUCAACUGUUUUACUUGUGGACUAGGUCGUCCUCGUACUCCAGCGCAGGCUCCUCGUACUCCGGUACGACAACGCUUGCGACGGAGUACACGGAGCCUGCGGCGGAGUACGACGAUGACCUAGUUCACAAGUAAAACAGUUGAAAGAGAGACAUCUGGGAAUUCGUCGUUCAGACAUUGAGGGAGCUGAGGAAGUGAAGAGCGAGUAGAAGCGAAACUGAAAUGGAUAAGGAGCACAGUAUAAUAUUUAUAUAAAUCCUUUUCAAUAAUAUUAUGUCAUCUGUCUCAUCCAUGUCGGAUAAAACACCUUCAACUCUGUCCUUGGUACACUUCAGAAGUUUGCCAUCAUUCUCGGUACAGAACUAAGCAGUUUUCCGUCGCUCCCACCCCUUCUUUCCAUGUGUUAGGAAUCAACGGCGAGAGAUGCUUCGGCCUGUCCUGGCCCCUGCCAUGCUGCAGGCUCCGCUGCAUGCUCAGUAAACACUUCGGCUACUUUUGCCUCCUUUGAUGCUUAUGCCUCGGCAACAAACACUUCAGCUGUUUUUACCUCGGACGCAGGCUCCUCUGUCUGCACUAAUGCAGAUAGCAAAUCCAAGAUGGACAUAAGUACUUUUCUUUUAUUAUUAUAAUUUAUAUUUUUUUAUGUACAAUUAUGUUGGUAGAUUAAUUUAUCUGAUCAUUGUUCUUUUGAUAUUCAUUUUUGAUAUCGUUAUGUCUGUUCUAUCGGUAACGCGUCAUGAUGAGUUGCUGGA